AUUGUCUGGUUGGCUGUUAGAAGUGACGUCCCGCCCUCUCCAGAUGCGAGUCCGCUAUCCCUACUUUGGAUCUGAUCGGGAGAAUUAAUAAUCUGUAACUAACUUUAUUCCACAGAUAACGAGUAGUUAUUGACUGGUCCGUUAUCGUAAGUAGAUACUGGUUGUACUAUUGGGCCCGAGGGACGUCGCUCCAGGGCAGAAGAUCGUCUCAGGGCUAUACGCAGUAAGGUCUCCAAAUCCAAGAACUGGGUCACCUGUACACUCAGUGCCACAAGCUGAACUCCAUGUGAAGUGUGAGUAACGUUCGAGAACGUGUGUCCCUGUGGAUGCCGAGGCCCUGGUUCCUUUGUGAAUAAAAUCAUUCGGUUGCUGCACUUGAGUGGAGCUGGGGCCUCCCAGCUUUCAGCAGAAGUGAAGAGGUUCCUAGCAGGGGGCUCCUCAUUAAUACGACAGUGAUUUCUGCCCAGAGAGGGUGACAUCUUCCAGCUGGUGCAUGGAGAAGGCGUGGCCCUAGCAGUGUCCAAUCACCCUCGCACACACACGGGCGUGCAGUCAGCCUGGCCAAUAGAACGGCCCCGACACAGACAAACCAGCCAAUAGAGAGAGGCGCAGCCGCGUGUGCGCAGGGACCAUGCCGCUGGGCAUUGGGCGGAGAAAGAAGGCCCCUCCCCUGAUGGAGAGCGAGGAGGCGGAGCCUGCCCGGGCCGGUCUGAACGUGGACGGCUGGGAGGGCGUCGGAGGUGGGGGCGGGCGUGGCGGGCUGGGGGAGCAGGGCCCUCUGGAGGGGCUGCAGCCGGGCCUGCCCCCCCCGCCCCUCGGCCUGCGCCCCCGCCUCACCUUCCACACCCAGCUGGCGCACGGCAGCCCCACGGGACGCAUCGAGGGGUUCAGCAACGUGCGCGAGCUCUACGCCAAGAUCGGGGAGGCCUUCGCCAUCCCACCUGCUGAGGUGAUGUUCUGCACUCUGAACACGCACAAGGUGGACAUGGAGAAGCUUUUGGGGGGGCAGAUUGGGCUGGAGGACUUCAUCUUUGCCCACGUGAAGGGGCAGAAGAAGGAGGUGGAGGUGUUCAAGGGCGAGGAGGGCCUGGGCCUCACCAUCACCGACAACGGCGCCGGGUACGCCUUCGUCAAGAGAAUUAGAGAGGGAAGCGUCAUCCAACAGAUGCAAGUUAUCAACGUGGGAGACAUGAUAGAAUCCAUCAACGGGCGGGAUCUGAUUGGCUCUCGACACUAUGAGGUCGCUAAGAUGCUGAAGGAGCUGCCCAAGGGGCAGACCUUCCGUAUGAAGUUGGUGGAGCCAGUGAGGGCCUUUGACAUGGUGAGCCAGCGGGCGGGAGGUGCUCGGUCCAGUUUGGGGGCACAGAUUGGGACGGGACGGGGGACUCUUCGCCUGUGGGCCAAAGGACCUGCUACUGUGGAGGAGCUGCCCUCUGCGUUUGAGGAGAGGGCCGUCGAGAGGGUGGAUGACCUGCUGGAGAGUUACAUGGGGAUCAGAGACAAAGAACUGGCGGCCACCAUGGUGGAAGUGGGGAAGGACAAGCUUCACCCGGACGAGUUUGCGGAGGCGCUGGACGAGACGCUGGGAGACUUCGCCUUCCCGGACGAGUUUGUGUUUGAUGUCUGGGGCGCCAUCGGCGACGCCAAGGUGGGCCUGGCGUAACCACGGAAACGGGAGAGAAUCCGCGCCGGAGCAGCCAAUGGGAGAGAGGAUACCACAGCCAGGCCCUCGCAGAGCUCCUGAAUUUCAGGAGACUUAUUUCAGUUUUUAGCUUUGUUAUUAUUUGCAUUAUUGCUAUUAUUAUCAUGUUUUCAGUAUGUGCAUUUUUGCGUGUUCUCUUUGGGAGACUGUGCAGUGCAGCCCUUUAUAAUCUGUGAGACAUGGGAGAUAGAAGACUCCUGACUGCAAAGGGGUAUUAUUGUAUCGUUGAGUUUUACUGCAGAGCAAGCAGUGACAGCUGUUGACGUGUCUGUCCUGAAUGCUUGGCGGAGAAACAUUAACGCAUAGUGUGGUUCCACUGCCCUCGGGAGUGACCUUUGACCUUAACUCCCGUGUGUCUUCCAGAAGGUUUCUGCCAGGACCACACAGCAGGGGGGGUGGGGGCACGGGGCAGUUGUGUUAACGGUCUAGUUUUAUACACAAGCAGAAUCUGCACCUCACUGCAGCGAAGUAGCUGAUGUAGACACUAGCAGUGCACAGUGACCUGCUGAUUUAGCGUUUGCAUGGUAAAAUGCUCACAAAACCAUAAUCACAAUCAGUGCCUAUCCGUGGUUGAUAAACUAGGACACCUGCACUUAGCCGAGAUGACAUGGGAUCAAAUCGACACCCACUUAAAAUUUGCAUUCAUGCAAAAAUUGGAGGAAUAUAUGCAUAUAAAUAGAUGUGAUCAACCACAGGGGAUUUAUCAGGGUUGGCUGGAACUGAAAGAUAAUUGCAUCAGAUUUGCAGAUGCUGGUAGCUAUGGAUCAGGCAUGGCCUUGUUGCCAUGGCUGCUGUAAUUGCUUCUAAAAGGAGGUCUUCUUGCCAUCAGCGAUCAGUGAAAUUUGAAUGGAGUUUUUCAGGCGUCAGUCGUAAAGUGCUUUGGAUAAAAGCGCUGUAUAAAUGCGGUCCAUUUACCAUUUUAAUGCUUGAGAACGCAUGGGCUCCGUGUUACGCACGUUGGUAACUACUGGAUGGGAUAAAAGAUCUCUGAUGCCUGGAACCACCGAGCAUUCCUGCAGCUUCUGUACAGUAUUCGCCCAUAACUAUGGGUUGAGUGUGGAUUAACAAUCCAGAUGUAACACUGCUCUGUUUGUUAUUUUCUAAUAAUAUAUAUAUAUAUAUAUAUAUUAUCACCAUAUACCCAAGAAGAGUUUUCAGGAGCAAUAUAUAAAUGUAUAUGUUGUGUCAUGUUCAUUUAUAUAACUACUUUGAGUAAACUCCCCUUAACCAA